CUUCCAUUUGUAUUUGGUGACGCUAAAGUAAUAAAGUUUCGUAUUUUCAUUAUUCAGUGUGAAAUCUUUGUGAGUUUGAGAAUUUGGGGUAAUAUGAGUUAAAGUUUAAAGGAGAACCGGAGGCUGGUUUUUGUUUUUGUUCUUCUUCCUCUUCUUUCAAUGCCCCUUUAUAAAAAAUAGAGUUGCGCAUAAAACAAAAAAAACUGCUCACCAGCAGUUAUGAUACAGUAACUGAAAACAGCUUUAGACCUGCUGAAAGCAACAUAGCAAGAGGGCAUCAGCAACUUUUAUUAGAGGCGGGCGGGGGUGAGCGAGUAUGCUGUGAGCCACACUGCGGAGUUCCAGCAAGGGAAGAGAUGACUCGGUAGUGGUAGAGCGGAUACCGAAAAUCCAAAGCACUUGGGAACACGAGACAUCGACAGCGCCUGCUUGGUUAACCUCGACGACUACAUCCGACUUGUUCCACGAAGCUGUAUACUGGACUUCGUGGUUCUUGUGCGGUUUUUGGGGCAGCAGCCCUUUGGACUGUUAUCAUGCAGACUACACGCUCAGUUGAAAGUCGUGCCCUGUGCGCCGUGCUAUGGAUGGGUAUUCUGUGGAGAGUAAUCUUGACACAAGAUGAAGCUCCAACUCCUCCCCCCACCUCCCCUCCUGUGGUCCAGGGUGCAGCUCCGCAGGAAGGCACCAGUGAGGCUGUCUCCAUGGGACAGGAGCUCUUGGAGUCUGUCUUGGCCCAUAAGGACCAGCUGCUGGCUCAGAAGGGCAUGGAGCUGCCCACGGCGCUGCCUGCUGACCUGCUCCCUAUGCUGGGGAAGAGCCUGGGGUCCAGACCCCCAGCCGGAGCUCUGUCUCCAGAACAGCAGCACCUCCUGAGGAAGAUACUGCCUGCACAUGGUGGGGCUCCCCACAUGACCCAGCCCCUAGCUGCUCUUACUGGUCUUAUUGAGGUGCCCAAAGCCACAGCGAUGCAUGGCUCAGUCAGACUUGCCACAUUGCCUCAGGAGGCUGACAGUGGUGCGCUCUCUGCCGGGACUGUGGUCACCACGGCUACGGCCACAGGACGUGAGCCAGGUGCUCUCCCCUCAGCUGUGUCCGAGAUGCUUGGUGUGAGCUUCUCAGACCCCGAGGGCUACAUCGAUUCAGCAGCUGAUCCUCCUCUCCCAGACGGCACGUUCCUGCGCUGCUCAUACACAGUGAGCGUGUACAUGGGCUACGGCGUGGAACUGCAGGUCAAAAGUGUUAAUUUGUCUGAAGGUGAGGAGUUGUCGAUCAGAGGGGUUGAUGAGGGCGGGGAUCUACUGGUGCUGGCUAAUCACACACUGCUGGUGGAGGGGCAGGUGAUUCGCAGCCCAAGCAACACCAUCUCGGUCUUCUACCGCUCCUCACCUGAGGGUGGUGUAGGCACAUUCCAGCUUCAUUACCAGGUGUUCCGUCUGAGCUGUGCCUUGCCCCGCCGGCCUCACUUUGGUGAAGUGUCUGUACUGGAUCUGCACCCAGGAGGCACUGCACAUUUCUCCUGCCACAUGGGCUACCAUCUGCAGGGGGCAUCCACACUCACUUGCCUCAACGCUUCCCUGCCCAUCUGGAGCCAGCAGGAGCCCAGCUGCAGAGCUCUGUGUGGAGGUAUGGUGAAGAAUGCCACCGUAGGCAGAGUGCUGUCUCCUUCACCUCAUCCAGGGCCCAACAACACCCUGGACCGCAGCUGCUCCUGGUCCUUGGAGGCCCCCAACAGACAGAGACUACAUCUUCACCUGGAGAGGAUGGUCCUGGGCCACACAGACAGGCUGGUUUUGUGGAGUGGCCUCGAUGCUGGCUCUGUCGUCCUGUUCGACUCUGCUCGAGGGGGUCCAAUCCCUUUUGAGGGAGUCAUCAGUGAAGGUCCAGCAGUCAGGGUGCAGUUCAUAACGGACCAGCCGAACCAACACAACACUGGGUUCAGCAUCCGCUACGAGGCUUUUGAGAAGGGCCACUGUUAUGAGCCCUACAUUCAGAACGGAAACUUCAGCACCACAGAUACAUCCUACAGCGUGGGCACCAUGGUGCAGUUUAGUUGUGACGCGGGUCACUCGCUGGAACAGGGUCCUCCAGUCAUCGAGUGCAUCAACACACGAGACCCCUACUGGAACGACACCGAACCCCUGUGUAAAGCACUCUGUGGUGGAGACCUCACUGGGCCAAGCGGCGUGGUCCUGUCCCCGAACUGGCCCGAGUGGUACGGCGAGGGCGAAGACUGCACCUGGCGGAUCCACGUCGGCGAAGACAAGCGCGUCCUUCUGGAUGUGCAGCUGCUGAAUCUUAGUGACAGUGACAUGCUGACCAUUCUGGACGGGGAGGAGGUGACCACACGCAUCCUGGGCCAGUAUGUGGGGGGCAUCAGCCCGUUCAAGCUGUCCUCAUCCACGCCGGACCUCACCAUCACGUUCCAUUCUGACCCAGCUGGCUUGGUUGGCAAAGGGGAGGGCUUCGUCAUCAACUACAUGGAGGUCUCCCGAAACGAUUCCUGCCCGGACCUGCCAGAGAUCCAGAACGGCUGGAAGACCACCUCCCACACGGCACUGGUGCGGGGUGCUCGGAUCACCUACCAGUGUGACCCGGGUUAUGACCUGGUGGGGAAAGAGACCCUGACGUGUCAGCUGGACCUGAUCUGGAGCAACCAGCCCCCCUUCUGUGAGAAAAUUAUGUACUGUACGGACCCGGGCCAUGUUGAGCACUCUGUACGGACGCUCUCUGACCCCAAACUGCUGGUGGGAACCACCAUUCAGUACAGCUGCAACCUCGGUUACAUCCUGCAGGGUGGCGCCACCUUGACCUGCUACGGCCGAGAGCCUGGGACCCCAGUGUGGACCUCUCGCCUGCCACGCUGUGUCUCGGAGGAAGCGGUGUCCUGCGAGAAUCCUGGUCUCCCAGACAACGGCUAUCAGAUCCUGUCUAAGAGGCUGUAUUUGCCGGGAGAAUCCCUGACCUUCAUGUGCUACCAGGGCUAUGAGCUCAUUGGAGAGAUCGCCAUCAAGUGCAUCCUGGGAAAUCCCUCAUUUUGGAGUGGCCCACUGCCCCUAUGUAGAGCCAAUCAUGAGUGCUCUGGUAACCAUGCUUUAGAAGUGGCGGAGGCUACAGCAGAGACGUCUCUGGAUGGAGGAAGCUUGACUCUGGCCAUAUUCAUAUUAGUAUUACUGCUGUCUGUCUUGCUGGGAGGGGCCUACAUCUAUAUCACGAGGUGUCGGUAUCACUCCAACCUGCGCCUACCUCUCAUGUACCCGCACCCAUACAGCCAGAUCACCGUGGAGACUGAGUUUGACAACCCCCUAUAUGAGACAGGAGGGGACACGAGAGAGUAUGAGGUGUCAAUAUGAGGAGAGCUGAUGCUGAGAAGGAUCUCUCUGGAAGCCUUGAGAGGACGUGAUGUAAAUAGCUCCUGACACUUCCACUGCUGCACCACCUCCCCAACCUCCCAAAUCUGAAGGAUGCAAUGCAGGCAGCCAAAUCAGGGAUAUGAGAGCAAGAGAGGGCCAGAGAGAGAGUGAGAGUGAAACAAAGAGAGAAAGAAAGAGUGAGACAAAGAUAGAGAGAUGAGAUAAGGAAAGGAGGUUGUUAGAGGAAGGCUGUGUGUAGCAGGGGUUGGAGAGGAGGUCAAUCAAGUGACUGUGGUUUUAACAUGUGAUUUGAACAUUAUGCACUUAUGGUAGGAGGUUCUUGGUCAACAUGUGAAAGGGUGCACUUGCACACAUGCCUGCAUGUGUGCACUUGUGCACAUGUGCAUGCAUGUGUGUGUGUGUACUGGAACAGAAUAAAAUAUUUAUGGUUUCAGGCGUGAGCAAGAGAAGACUUGUGGUAAGGCACAUUGUCAGCAAGCCUCACUAAGCCAGUGUAAUGAAGAUCGCUGCACUGGAGGAACUGCUGUUCAGUUUCACCCCACGAGGCAUGUGGACAUUGUGUGUCUGUGUGUCUGUGUGCCCUGACUUCCUGCCUGCUGUCAUUUCUAAGGCUUUCUACUCAGUUUGUAGUGCAGGUUUUAAGGUAGUAUAUUUCUCAUGCAAGUGAAGUCAUACAACAGUGAAGACCAGAAGAUGUAUUUAUUUUGAUGUAUAUGUUAUAAGGUUUUCUGAUGAUUAAUGUAAAUUUGCUUUUGGAAUUAAGAUAAUUUCCCUAAAGAAGUGUUGAAACCAUGAAAAUAAAACAAUGGUAGAGUGUUUCAUAA